AAAAAGCUUGCUUGGAAUGAAUAGCAUCACUACAAUUUAGUUGUUAACGUCGUUCCUAGAGAGUCAUUGUUGUUUGCUCAAAACGAAUAUCGAAGUUGAAUCAACGAAAUGUCUACACUAACCGACGCCGCUGUGCGACGUAUUUUGUUUAUUUUUGUAGCAAUCGGAUGUGGUGAAGCACUUGCACCAACGGUUCGUUUAAACAAUGGUCUAGAGAUGCCAGCUAUCGGCUUGGGAACGUACUUAAAUACGGCCCAAGAUGGUGAAUGUGAACGUGCUGUGCGAGAUGCUAUUGAUGCCGGAUAUCGUCAUAUCGAUACGGCAUUUUUGUAUGGCACAGAAAAGGAAGUGGGCAAUGGCAUACGUUCCAAAAUUGCCGAAGGUGUAAUCAGGCGAGAGGAUGUCUUUGUUGUUACGAAGUUGUGGAGUACUUUCCAUAAGCCUGACCAGGUGGCAAAGGCGUUUCAGCGAUCUUUCGACAAUCUUAAUCUCACAUACAUUGACCUGUACCUCAUGCACUUCCCACUCGCCUACAAACAAUUGCACAAAGACGGAUCGAGCAGAGUACCACAGUCAAUUGACGAUGUGAACCUUUUCCCAACUGUAAAUGGUCAACCAAUUUAUGACGACAUUGAUUUCGUGGAUACGUGGCGUGCGAUGGAAGAUCUUCUGCGAUCUGGUUAUGUUCGCAGCAUUGGCGUAUCUAAUUUUGAUAUUCCACAAAUGGAACGUCUUUUAUCUGAGACUAGUGUGAGGCCCGUAACCAAUCAAGUGGAAUGUCAUCCGAACCUCGAUCAACUUCCGUUGAUCAAGUAUUGUAGAGAUCGUGAUAUUUCUGUUACUGCAUAUUCACCGCUAGGCCGUCCGUAUGAAGGCGCUAAUAAUUUAGCUAUUAAAGAUCCGAAAGUACAGGCAAUUGCGGCCGCACACAAUAAAACGCCAGCCCAAGUCGUUCUACGUUAUUCGUACCAAAAUGGAGCAAUUGUCAUUCCGAAAUCAACGAAUCAGCAGCGGAUCAAAGAAAAUUUCAACAUUUUCGAUUUCAACUUGUCCCCAGAGGAGAUGAGCGUUUUGCAUGGUUUCAAUCAACAGUAGAAAUUUCGCUGUAGAUCUCUUUUUUAAUGAAAUAAAUACUCAGCCAAUAAGUGGUUCCAACUAAAA